GAACCACCCAGCCAGCCCGCCUGCCAUGAAGGGGGCCAAAUCCAAGGGCGCCGCCAAGGCCGAAACCAAGUUGGCGGUGAAGAGCAAGGGGGCGGAGAAGCCGGCGCCCAAGGGCAGGAAGACCAAGCCCGCCAAGGACCCCAACAAGCCCAAGCGCGCGCCCAGCGCCUUCUUCGUCUUCAUGGACGAGUUCCGCAAGGAGUUCAAGGAGAAGAACCCCAAGAACAAAUCUGUCGCUGCAGUCGGCAAAGCAGCCGGUGAGAGGUGGAAAAGCCUGAGCGAAUCGGACAAGGCUCCCUACGUCGCCAAGGCCAACAAGCUCAAGGGCGACUACAACAAGGCCAUUGCCGCAUACAACAAGGGCGAGGUAUCCACGAGCGCUGCUGCCGCCACCAAGAAGGCCGCUCCUGCUGCCAAGGACGAGGACGACGACGAGGAGGAGUCCGACAAGUCCAAGUCCGAGAUCAACGACGAGGACGACGACGAGGGUAGCGACGAGGACGAGGACGACGACGAGUGAAGCCUCCCGCCCUCCCAAGACGGUGGACCACAAAACCUGGGAGCUGCUGUGCAAGCGCCUUGCACUGUGGUAGUGGUGUCGGGCUCCCAUAACGAGAGCCUAUCCAUCCGUCCCCUGUACUAGAAUUAUCUCUUCAACGUCGUCAUGUUUUUACCUUUUCUCUCGUCGCUAUAACGGACAGCGCUACCUGUUGGCGCCCAUCGGCGGUGUAGUCCUCCCCGCGUGUACCUAGAUCAUCAUUACUCUUUCCCAUUGUCACCCAGCGGCUGCUAACAUUGUGAUAAUAUCAGUUUGGGUAAUGUUAGAUUAAAUUCCUGUUCCA